AUGGACGACCGUCAGCGGCCAUCUCCGGCAUCCACGUCAUCGUCGUCUGGGAACCAAUGCCGGCGGCGCCACGUGGUCGAGGAGGAUGCCGGAGAUCUGGCGGUGGCGUGCACCGGGAAAUCGUGCCAGUCGUGCACGGCGGGCGUGAUCGCCGACUGCGUGGCCGUGUGCUGCUGCCCGUGCGCGGUGGUGAAUAUCCUGGCGCUGGCAUUCGUCAAGCUGCCGUGGGCGGUGGCGCGCAGAUGCAUCGGAGGCCGCCGGAAGAGGAGCCGCCGGCGGAGGCUGGAGGAGGAGCAGAAACGCGGCGAGGGGGGCAGGGAUGUAAUUUCGGGAAACGGGAGGGCGGGGGGCGAAACGACGUCGGAUGACGUGUUGACUGGCGAUGGGUUAAAUGACUAUUUUAGUGCGGAUGAUGUUUGGAUAGAGGUGUAUGAUGAGGUUGGGCAUUUGGGUUUUGGUAGGGUUUCUUACACUGGAAUACCUUCUCAGACUCAACAGGGGUAA